GUUUUGUGUGGCUAUAAAGAAAGAGAAUUAUCCAGAUUACAUGCCCUCACACAUAUUUUCUGACAGUGCGAAACAGAUUUUCAGACAGCCCGGACAUACUAUAUAUCUCCUGCCAACUGUGGUAAUCUGCAACUUGCUACCAUGUGAACUUGAUUUUUAUGUUAAAGGAAUGCCAAUUAAUGGGACACUGAAACCUGGCAAGGAGGCAGCUCUCCACACAGCUGAUACCUCCCAGAACAUUGAAUUGGGGGUAUCACUGGAGAAUUUUCCCUUCUGUAAAGAAUUGCUCAUUCCACCUGGAACCCAAAACUAUAUGGUAAGAAUGCGCCUCUAUGACAUCAACCGGCGGCAGCUGAACCUCACCAUCCGGAUUGUCUGUCGAGCAGAAGGAUCCUUAAAGAUCUUCAUUUCUGCUCCAUACUGGCUGAUUAAUAAAACAGGGUUACCACUGAUCUUCAGACAGGACAAUGCAAAGACAGAUGCUGCAGGUCAGUUUGAGGAACAUGAGCUGGCCCGGAGCCUGAGCCCUCUCUUAUUCUGCUAUGCUGACAAAGAGCAGCCAAACCUCUGCACGAUGAGAAUUGGAAGGGGGAUUCAUCCGGAAGGCAUGCCGGGCUGGUGUCAGGGCUUUUCCCUGGAUGGUGGUAAUGGUGUCCGACCUUUGAAAGUCAUCCAGCAAGGAAACCGCCCAGGGCUGAUCUAUAACAUUGGUAUUGAUGUCAAGAAAGGCCGAGGUCGAUAUAUUGACACCUGUAUGGUCAUCUUUGCCCCCCGUUACCUGUUAGACAAUAAAUCAUCUCACAAACUUGCAUUUGCACAGAGGGAGUUUGCCAGGGGACAGGGAACAGCCAAUCCUGAAGGUUACAUUUCCACACUCCCUGGUUCCAGUGUGGUGUUCCACUGGCCUCGGAAUGACUAUGAUCAGCUAUUAUGUGUCAGGUUGAUGGAUGUUCCCAAUUGUAUUUGGUCUGGAGGCUUUGAAGUCAACAAGAAUAAUUCCUUCCACAUCAACAUGAGAGAUACCCUAGGAAAAUGCUUCUUCCUACGAGUGGAAAUUACUCUUCGAGGAGCUACAUAUAGGAUCUCAUUUAGUGACACAGAUCAGUUACCCCCUCCUUUCCGAAUUGACAACUUUUCUAAGGUCCCAGUUGUCUUUACUCAGCAUGGUGUAGCUGAACCCAGGCUUCGAACUGAAGUGAAGCCCAUGACUUCACUGGAUUAUGCAUGGGACGAACCCACCCUGCCACCUUUUCUCACUCUGACUGUUAAAGGGGCAGGUUCCUCUGAGAUCAAUUGCAACAUGAAUGAUUUCCAGGAUAACCGACAGCUUUAUUACGAAAAUUUCAUUUACAUUGCUGCUACGUAUACCUUCUCUGGUUUGCAGGAGGGAACAGGAAGGCCUGUGGCUUCCAAUAAGGCUAUUACCUGUGCAGAGCUCGUCUUGGAUGUCUCACCAAAAACACAAAGAGUCAUUUUAAAGAAGAAGGAACCAGGAAAGCGUUCUCAGCUAUGGAGGAUGACAGGCACUGGAAUGCUAGCCCAUGAGGGCUCUUCAGUUCCUCACAACCCCAAUAAGCCCUCAGCCGCCCGCUCCAGCGAGGGGUCUGCUAUCUUAGAUAUUGCUGGUCUUGCUGCAGUAACUGACAACAGAUAUGAGCCGCUGAUGCUAAGAAAGCCUGAUCGCAGGCGGAGCACAACUCAGACAUGGAGUUUCCGAGAAGGAAAACUGACCUGUGGGUUGCAUGGGUUGGUUGUCCAGGCCAAAGGAGGGCUUUCUGGUUUGUUUGAUGGAGCUGAAGUUGUUCUUGGUCCUGACACUUCCACAGAGCUUUUGGGGCCAGUUCCACCUGAGCAACAAUUUAUUAACCAAAAAAUGAGGCCCGGUUCUGGAAUGUUGUCCAUCAGAGUCAUCCCAGAUGGACCAACUAGAGCACUCCAGAUAACAGAUUUCUGCCAACGGAAAAGUGACCGCUCAUCAUAUGAAGUGGAUGAACUUCCUGUUACUGAACAAGAGUUGCAGAAAUUAAGGAAUCCAGAUACAGAUCAGGAAUUGGAAGUUCUUGUGAGGUUAGAAGGUGGAAUUGGGUUGUCCUUAAUUAAUAAAGUCCCAGAAGAACUGGUCUUUGCAAGCCUUACAGGAAUCAAUGUGCACUAUACACAGCUGGCAACCAGUCUCAUGCUUGAACUCAGCAUACAGGAUAUACAAGUGGACAAUCAACUCAUUGGUACCACUCAGCCCUUCACGCUGUAUGUGACUCCCUUGAGCAGUGAGAAUGAAGACAUUGAGACUGGCCCUGCUGUGCAGGUCAAUGCAGUGAAGUUCCCCAGUAAGAGCACGUUGACCAACAUCUACAAGCAUCUGAUGAUCACUGCUCAGAGAUUCACCGUGCAGAUUGAGGAGAAGCUGCUCCUCAAGCUGCUAAGUUUCUUUGGCUACGAUCAAGCAGAAUCAGAGGUGGAAAAAUAUGAUGAAAACCUCCAUGAAAAGACAGUUGAGCAAGGUGGAACACCAAUUCGAUACUACUUUGAAAAUCUCAAAAUCAGCAUUCCCCAGAUCAAGCUGAGUGUGUUCACCUCCAACAAGUUGCCAUUGGAUCUUAAGGCCCUAAAAAGCACCUUGGGAUUUCCAUUGAUUCGGUUUGAAGAUGCUGUGAUUAAUUUGGAUCCAUUCACUCGGGUACAUCCCUAUGAGACCAAGGAGUUUAUCAUCAAUGAUAUUCUUAAACAUUUCCAGGAGGAACUCCUCAGCCAGGCAGCUCGAAUCCUGGGAUCGGUGGAUUUUCUUGGCAAUCCCAUGGGGCUUUUGAAUGAUGUUUCUGAAGGGGUUACUGGACUGAUAAAGUAUGGAAAUGUUGGGGGCCUUAUCAGAAAUGUUACACAUGGAGUAUCAAACUCUGCUGCCAAGUUUGCUGGGACAUUAUCAGAUGGCUUAGGGAAGACGAUGGACAAUCGGCAUCAGUCAGAGCGGGAAUACAUCAGAUACCAUGCAGCCACAAGUGGUGAACACCUCGUAGCAGGCAUCCAUGGCCUGGCUCAUGGUAUCAUUGGUGGAUUGACCAGUGUUAUAACUUCAACAGUGGAAGGUGUGAAAACAGAAGGGGGUGUCAGCGGUUUUAUAUCUGGCCUUGGGAAAGGGCUUGUUGGCACUGUGACCAAACCAGUGGCAGGCGCCCUGGAUUUUGCAUCAGAAACAGCUCAGGCGGUGAGAGACACAGCCACACUCAGUGGCCCCAGGACUCAAGCCCAGAGGGUUCGGAAACCCCGUGUCUGCACAGGGCCCCAGGGACUGCUUCCUCGCUAUUCUGAGAGCCAGGCAGAAGGACAGGAGCAGCUCUUCAAGCUAACAGACAACAUACAAGACGAAUUCUUCAUAGCCGUGGAGAACAUUGACAGCUACUGUGUGCUCAUCUCCUCCAAAGCUGUUUACUUCCUGAAAAGUGGAGACUAUGUAGAUCGAGAGGCCAUUUUCCUCCAAGUGAAGUACGAUGAUCUCUACCACUGCCUUGUCUCCAAAGACCAUGGGAAGGUGUACGUGCAGGUGACCAAAAAAGCAGUGAACACGAGUAGCGGAGUGUCCAUCCCAGGCCCUUCCCACCAGAAGCCGAUGGUCCAUGUGAAAUCCGAGGUCCUCGCAGUCAAGUUAUCACAAGAAAUAAAUUAUGCAAAGAGCCUUUACUAUGAACAACAGCUUAUGUUAAGACUCAGUGAAAAUCCAGAGCAGUUGGAGCUGGACUCCUGAAAAAUCUCAGCUACUGGAGUGAGACACUCCAAGACACAGACCAAUCAGGAGUAAAGAGGCCCAUACUCUUGGCUUAAAUUAGAGGCAAAACCAGAAUAAGGUUUGGGGGAAGAUAUCAAGAAAGAAGGGAAAGUAAAUCCUUGUGGGGAAAAAUACAAAUGGAAACUGUAUUAAUUUGUGGGUGCGGAGUUACUUUAGAUUAUGGGGAAGUAAUUUUUAAGAGGUAUAGGUUGGUUGAAUAACAAAAAAAAAUGUACUGAGAUAAAUCUAAUUUUUAGAUUGCACUGUAUUUUGUUAACAUGUAUAUAUGUACAACUGUGUGUUUGUAAAUAUAUAGGAGCAUUUCCAAACAAGGCCUGUGAUGUGUGUGAAGGUUUAUCUGUAAAGUAAUAUGAAAUUAUAUUGGCUCUUCUAUUGCACUAAUUCUACACGUCUAAUUCAGGGUACUCUCUAUAGAAAGGCAUUCUUAGGAGUUGAAGAAUGUUAUGUCUUAGUUUGGGAAAUUAAAGUAUUCACAGUCAAGUAGAUUGAGGAGAGAUCUAAGCUAUUCAAGAGUGAUGCCUUUGAAAUCUUUGGUCAUUUGGGUUAGGAGCCUUGAGCCAAUGUGCUCAGAACCAGAGCUGGCCCUUGACAUGGUUGUGAGAGAGUGGCUUGGGGGCCUGUCUUUUAUUUCUCAUCCCCCUUUUACAGAUAGUUCUUAGAUUAGUCCAAAUUAUUUUAAAAUUUAUCUACCUAUUUGGCUUUCUCCUGACUAGUC